AUGCUUCUCGUAAUUAGAAGAAAUAUAAAAAUUUUUAAUAUUCCGAAAUAUGAUAGUGAAAAAAUUUUUAAAAAUUUGUUCCUUUUUAAAAGGAAAAUCAGUAAUGAUAUAAAUACAUCAACUCAGUUAAUUGUAAAAUGUGUUAAUGAAGCUUAUAAAUCUAAAAGUUUUAGUAAAAUGAAAUGGAAUUGUUUAAGUAACGAUAUUUUAAAAAAUAUGAGUAAUUUUAAUAUAAAAGAAAUAUUAAGUAUAAUAAAUAUAUUAAGUCAUAUGCAUUUUGGUAGGAAUAUACUAAUUCAGUUUAAGUCAUUAAUUAUAUCAAAAUUAAGUGAUCUUAAAGCAAAUUAUAUAUUAAAAAUUCUUAUAUCAUAUAUAAAAUCAAAUAUUAAAGAUGAUCAUUUUUAUAAUUUGUUAUGCUUAAAGCUUCAUAAUAAUUUAAAUACAAUAUCACAAUCUUCUUUAAUUAAUUUUCUAUAUAAUGUAAAUUUUAACUCAAAUGUGAAAUGUGAUCAUUUAUCAAAUAUAGAAGAACAAAUUUUAAUCUAUUUAACGAAAGAGUUCUAUACAUAUAAUAUUGAUAAUAAAAACAUAAAUAUAGAAUGUAAAGAAAAUAAAAAUACAGAUAUAAAUGAAAGUUUAAAAAUUAAUGAAAUUGUAAAAAAAAAUAUCCCAGAAGAAUGUAUUAAUUCUAACAAAAAAACAUUAUAUAAUACAAAAGAGAAGGAUGAAACAAUAAAUAAUUUAAAAUGUCUUCAUCUUGAAAAUUAUAAUUUUAUAUUACUUUUUUAUGCUUUUAGUCACUAUUUAUUUAAUUUGUAUUUGAAAAAUAAAAAUAAUCCCAUUAAUGAUAAUUUUGUUAAUCAAUUAAAUAAAUAUUAUGAUAUAAUAAAAAAUAUUAUUAAUCAUAAAAGUAAACUAACUUUGCUAAAAGAAAUAAAUUCUUUUCAUAUAUUUUUAUUAUAUAAAGCUUGUUUAAAUACUAUUUAUACUUUUGGUGAUAAUUCUAUAAAUAAAACUUUAUUAGAUAAUAUUAAAGAGAAUAUAAAUAAUUUUAUUUUACCAUUAAAAAAUAACAAUAAACACAUAAAAGGUCAAACUAAUGAAAUGAUAAGAUAUAUGGAUAUAUUAAAACAAAAUUUAAUUCUUUAUUCUGAAAAUAGAAAAGUUCAUUUUCAACAUUAUUUAAAUAAUAAUGUUAUGUUAAUUAAAAUUAUAUUAUCCAUAUUACAAGAAAAAAACAAAAACGAUAUAAAAAAAUAUUACAUAUGGCAUAGAAAAAAAGUAGAAAAUAUACAAAAAAUUCUAAGAUCAAUUGAAAUAGAUUAA